UCUGUGGAUGACAGCAGACAGCAAAGUCCAGCUGGUUUUCCAUCAGCAUAAAGUCAAACAUGAAGACGUUUCUGCUGCUGCUCUGCUCUGGACUCAUCUUUUGCUCCCAACCUGAGGGGCAGUUUUACAUCGAGUGUUAUGGUAAAGACUUCCUGAUGCUCAACAACCAGGUGUUGCAGUGCAGGUCGGAGGUCAAGCAGGCGUGCUACACAAAAGAGUCUGGAGAGAAGGGCUGCAUCCGGCAGGACUUCUGUCAGAAAGACAACUGGACCUGCUGCAACACCAACCUGUGCAACGCAUGAAGCUCCGCCGGGGUCCCAUCUGCUCGGCGCCAUGACGCGUCGCCAUCACACCAAGUCUAAAUAAAUAUUAAAAGGUUUCUCAGAAUGCUGUGGUAAAUGUGUAACAAAACAGCUUACAAAAGUCAAAGGUCACUCCAGAGUUAGAGUUGAGUGGUGUCGGUGCAGGUUACUGAGGUUUGUCUCUUGUCCACUUAGUGGCCGGUGCCCCGUGUGCCUUCCCCC